AUGGAAACCGCAAACUCAGCCGCAUUACUUCUACUGGAUCUCCCUUCAUCCGCACUCGCUGGCAUUGAUCUCCUCUCCUUCACUGUCACGCCUCGAUUCCGUGGAGUAAAAGACAUCCCAGCUCCUGGCUUUCACUUCGCAUUCGCCGGCACAACCACAGCUUUUUCAGAGAGGCACGGCCAUUGGAUAUAUUUUCCUGGAAGUACACAGACGUCAGACUUUCCGCUCUUUGUCGUCCGAUGGAUUGCCAACGACGAGACCCUGGCGUUGGAACGAGAUGAGGCAGAAAAAUUACGCUGGCGGGCAAAUCUGGGAAGCAUCUGGAAAGAAGGCCUAACGCCAUAUCGACAGUCGUCGUCAGACCGAAAGAAUGGCGAAGCAGAAGAGGAGCUCAAUGACUGGCCUACUCUGAUAUCAGAGAUUACAGCGUCACUUCUGACGAGAAUCACUGGUGGCAACUCCAACGCAUGGCAUCUAACAUCUGCAAGCUCUGCCAAGCGAGACCUUGAGGAUAUACCUGGACUGAACGACAACGAUAAGAAGGAACUGCAGACUGAUAGCGAACUCAACUUUCUCCCUAUCGAGCUGAAGCAGACAUGGCGGGAAGGUGCGACUGGCCGAGAGCGGACGGAGGCCGCACAGGACCGGAGUUGGGCGUUGGAGAAUGUCGUGCGGCCGCAGUGUAAUCACUCUGACAUUUCACAGGUCAUCGGCGAACUUCAAUUCUGCUUCCUCAUGGUCCUCACAAUCAACAACUUCUCCUGCCUAGAACAAUGGCGACGAAUCCUAACCCUACUCUUCACCUGUCGAGCCGCGGUUGUCAAACACCCGGACCUCUUCAUCAAAGCCAUUGCCGCCCUCCGCCUCCAACUCCAACACUGCAAAGACGCCGAAGGCGGCCUGAUCGACCUCGCUGACGAGAGCGGAUCCCUCCUCAAAACCCUCCUCGCACGAUUCAGAAAAGGUCUAGAAGGUCUGACCGGAACAGCGGUAGCCGACGUCGUCGAUGAGCUGGACGACCUGGAAGACUAUCUCCGCAACGAACACGGCUGGCAGUUCGGCGGCGACUUCGCUCGAAGCGGCGUAUUGGAGCUGGAAGACGGCGAGCAGGUUCAAAUGGACAGCACGGCGUUCGACGAAGACGACGAGACGGGAGAGUUUGCGCCGCAGAUUGUGGAUCUAACGCCUGAGCAGGCGAGAUUGCUGAAUGAGGUGGUGAGGGAAAACGAGAGUGACUCGGAAGAGGAGAUGCAGGAUUUGGAAGACAUGGACGCCAGGUAUUGA